UCAUCAUUUCGAAAGGUAUCAAAGCACAAAACCUAAUCAUUUGAAAAAAGAUUAUGGUAUUGUAUUUCUGCACUAAAUGCAUUUUUUAGGAUUCAUUUCCAAAUGCGUAUUGAACGUGGUGUAACAAGGUGUUUAGUCAUCUCUGAGCUUGUGAGGGAGGAGGUGGUGGCUGGUGGAGUUCACCCGUCAAUACCUUUCACUUUCAGAUCCUCCCAUUGGGUUAAAGAGGGCAGGUUAAUGAACAUGACCGUUGACGGAGUGGCGGCGUCGUUGCUGAACACGCGUACCCCCAAAUGAGGAUGACACGGGGUUCAUCCAAAACAUUUUCAAACUUGCAACUAAUGAGCUGCGGUUCUGUCUUGGACUUACGAGCUCUCUGCCCCCUGGGACUGUGCAAAGCUUUUUCUAAGAGGUUGCGUUGUUUCCUACGUUUGCUAAAACCAGAGCACAGUAAAAUAACACCGUGACCGUAGACCUGGUAUCUCUGCAUGGUUACAGGGGGGGGAUAUCAAGAUGGACGACUCUGUGGACGUCAUGCUCCAGGAGCAGAGCACCAGGCUGCUCUACUUCUCCCAGAACAACCGCUCUGUUGCCCUGUGGACGUCGGCCAUCUUCACUGGGGUUUACGGGCUGUGGGCCAUGUUUGUAAUGCCAGGUCUUAAAGUGCCCUUCAGGCUCAAGGUGCCGUAUGUUCCUUCAGGCAAGGCGCAAACUAUGAAUGUCAUGAAGCUCCUUGAAGGGCGUGAGGGUCGUUUAGCAGACCUAGGAUCCGGUGACGGGAGAUUGGUGUUCGAAGCAUCUUCUGCUGGGUUCAAAUGCACCGGGUUUGAGAUCAACAAAGUGCUGCUGGCCUACUCGCGGGUUCGAGCCCUGUGGAGGGGAACGCCACCUACUCAAGCAAAUUUUGUCGGCAGGGAUUUCUGGAAGGCGGAUCUAUCACCAUACAACAACGUGACUGUAUUUUUAACUCCUGCUGUGAUGGAGGUUCUGGAGGAAAAGCUGGUGAGGGAGCUCCCUGAAGGUGCCCGGGUGGUGGUGUGUCGCUUCCCCUUUCCUCGUUGGCCCCACACCUGCUGCAAGGGGGAGGGGCUAGACAAAGUGUGGGCCUAUGACAUCAGCACUGUCCCCAAGCCCUAUCAUUCAAAGGCUCAAUAGUUGACGGUCAUAUUCCGUCAGUCGCCAUAUGACAAGGUACACACGUGUAGUACAGGGCCAGACCCCAUUCAGAACUAACUUUUUGGGGGAAUUCUCUGGCCCAUGCCAGUGUUCCUCGCAAAUUUUCCAAGAGGGCCCACUCCAGUUUGACGGCCGCCACAAGACAAAAUAAUGCAACCCUUAAUGCAUCAGGGGCCACCCGGCGCCCGCAGGCCUCGCAAUGAAGAACACUGGUCCAUGCUGAUGCAAUGGCAUCCCGCGGUUGCUGCAUAUUGAAUAGUGGUACAUUCACAUCGCCUGUUCCAUCUGUUCCAAAUCUGCUGUAUUGGGUUUGAUCCGUGGAUUGUGCAGGCCACUCAAGUGAACUGAUCAAUGUUUUUCCACUCCCCAGUUUAACAUUAAAUUGAAUGGAAACAGAAUUCCCUGAUGCCUGACUGCCUGUCAAGCCAUUGUCAUAUGACUCUCUGUUUUGUGUACAUAAUUGGUCUUGCCAUUUAGAAAUGACAUUACUGUUUAUACCUAGCCCCAUGUACACUAAAAUGAUUGGCAUUGUAGUAAUGUCUAAAUUAAGCACCUGCAGUACCUCCCGAUAUCUUCACAAGUAUUGGGACAGUGAGGUGAAAAUAGCAAUUUUUGCUGUACACUCAAGGCAUGUGGAAAUAUGAAUGAGGCAAGAGUACAGACUGUCAUCU